AAAGGGCAGAUACUUGUCCCUUUCAUAGUUUAACCCCGACUUUGUUAGAUCUUUGCUGUCUUUCCUUUCUGUUGAUAGCUUUCUUGACCCGUCGUUUCAUCUUUCCAUUUCCUAACCAUUUAUGGAUUCACACGUUCCUGCCAACCCUGCAACACAGCUACCUCACAUAAACUAUCGAAGCUUUGGUUACUUUUCUCUGUAUAAGAGUUAAAACCACAGUUUUUCAACGUUUUUAAACCCCCAUCAGGUUGAAAACUCAGGCUAGGAUUUUGGUUAUAACAGUGAUUCAAAUUUCAAACCAUGCUGUGAAUUCUUUUACCCCUGCAGUGUAUUCAAGUUUCCAACUUGCUUCAUUCUUUUCCAAGGUAGUUGGAUUGGGUGUCUUGUUUUCAUCCUGGUUGGUAGUUGGUGCAUGUGAUAAAUUUGAGGGACAAAUGUUGUUACAAGGUUUAAUGGGGGUGUAGGAGACUGGAGCUGGGGCCAUAGUCAUGUUUUGCAAUUGGUUUGGUGCUUUGAAUUGGUGUGGAAGGAGGGAUGAUCCUGAAGAGCAGCCUCAUGAACAAGUGGUUGCAACUAAAAAGUUUAGCUAUAACUCAUUGAGAUCAGCAACUCGAGAUUUUCAUCCUUCAAGUAAAAUCGGUGGAGGAGGUUAUGGAGUUGUCUACAAGGGAGUUUUAAGGGAUGGUACUCAGGCUGCUAUCAAGUCUCUUUCUGUAGAGUCUAAACAGGGAACCCAUGAAUUUAUGACAGAAAUUGAUAUGAUAUCAAAUAUACGACAUCCAAAUCUUGUGGAACUGAUUGGCUGCUGUGUUGAGGGUGGUCACCGAAUAUUGGUUUAUGAAUUUUUGGAGAACAAUAGCCUUGCAAGCUCUUUGCUUGGUUCAAAAGGUAAAUAUGUUGCUCUGGAUUGGCCAAAGAGGGCUGCUAUUUGUCGUGGCACGGCUUCUGGUCUAAGUUUUCUUCAUGAAGAGGCUCAACCAAACAUUGUUCACAGGGAUAUCAAGGCCAGCAACAUAUUGCUGGAUGGGAGCUUUAAUCCGAAAAUUGGGGACUUUGGUCUCGCAAAACUUUUUCCUGACAAUGUCACCCAUGUUAGUACUCGAGUUGCAGGAACUGUGGGAUAUCUUGCACCAGAAUAUGCACUUCUGGGACAACUUACAAAGAAGGCAGAUGUGUACAGUUUUGGGAUUCUCAUGCUUGAAAUAAUCAGUGGGAAAAGUAGUAGCAUAGCUGCAUUUGAAGAGGAUUAUUUGGUUUUGGUGGAAUGGGCUUGGAAGCUGAAAGGAGAAAAUAGGCUUCUGGACCUUGUUGAUUCAGAACUAAGUGAAUAUGAUGAGAGUGUGGUGUACCGGUUCCUUAUAGUGGCUCUAUUUUGCACCCAAUCAGCAGCUCAACAUAGACCAAGCAUGAAGCAAGUAUUGGAAAUGCUUUCCAAGGAAGUUCAUCUCAAUGAGAAGGCAUUGACUGAGCCUGGAAUUUACAGAUGGCACAGCACUGGAAAGAAGUGUGGUUCUUUGAAUGAGACAUCAUCUUCUCAAGCAAUCAAGUACAAAAGAACCGAAAAUCCGCAUGAAGCAAAUUCAACUCACUUUAGUGGUACAGAUAUUGUGACAGAGAUGCUUCCAAGAUGAUGAUGGUUACAUGUGUAUGUGGUGUUAGGGUAUAUAUUAGUAGGAUGUGGUCAUACUUGUCAUUGUAGUAAUUAGGAAUAAGAUCAAUGUGUUUCCAAAGGGAAAUAUAAGAUCCUGGGAAGAAAGGCCUUAUUUCAUUAGCAUGUACAUAUGUGUGUGCAUAUACAUAUUUUCACUUUGCUAAUUAUGUUUCUGCUGUUAGCCUAAAGGUGUGAUGAUGAUCUUA